CCCCCACCCCCCCCGAAGAAGCCACGGGCGCUGCUUGUUAUUCACAGUAAUGGAAUGAAGAACACCAUCUCGAUAUAAUGGAUGAUAGAUCCAGCAAGCUCGUCCUGGCUCCUAUUUUAGCUGUACUUUUCGUUAUGAUAGGCUACCAGUACAUCUGUCCCGCCGGCAGCAAUUCGUGCUACUUUAAGGCAGCGGAGAAAUCUGCCGGCGUGAGCCUGCUUUCCACCCCGUACCAGGACACCGACGAUUUCUACCGGGACCAGGACCUGGAGGACGACAGCCCGGCCAGGCAAACGGCCUCGCAGUUCAACUUCACCGAGAGAGACCUGGACAGACACGUGGAGUUCAACAUCAAGGGGGACGACGUGAUAGUGUUUCUGCACAUCCAGAAGACCGGAGGAACCACGUUCGGGAGACACCUGGUGAGGAAUAUUCGCCUGGAGCAGCCGUGCGACUGCAAGCCGGGCCAGAAGAAGUGCACGUGCCACCGACCCGGGAAAGAGGAGUCGUGGCUCUUCUCCCGGUUCUCCACCGGCUGGAGCUGCGGACUGCACGCGGACUGGACCGAGCUGACGAACUGUGUGCCUGACAUCAUGGAUAAGAAGCGGGCCCAGAGGAAUAACAGGAACUUCUACUACAUCACCAUGCUGCGAGACCCGGUCUCCCGCUACCUGAGCGAGUGGAAGCACGUCCAGCGCGGCGCCACCUGGAAGACCGCCCUCCAUAUGUGCGACGGGCGCUCGCCCACCCAGGACGAGCUGCCCACCUGCUACAGCGGGGACGACUGGUCCGGCGUGACCCUGACAGACUUCAUGAACUGCCCGUCCAACCUCGCCAACAACCGGCAGGUGCGCAUGCUGGCCGACCUCAGCCUGGUGGGCUGCUACAACCUGUCCUCCAUCAACGACAGCCAGCGCAACCACAUCCUCCUGAGCAGCGCCAUGAGCAACCUGAAGAACAUGGCUUUCUACGGCCUGACCGAGUUCCAGCGCAAGACGCAGUACCUGUUCGAGCGGACGUUCAGCCUGCGCUUCAUCGCCGCUUUCACGCAGAUCAACAGCACGCGGGCCGCCAACGUGGACCUGAGCGAGCCCGUGCGCCGGCGCAUCGAGGAGCUCAACUAUUUGGACGUGCAGCUGUACGAGUACGCGAAGGACCUGUUCCUCCAGCGUUUCCAGUUCACCCGCCAGCGGGAGCACCAGGAGGUGCGCUUGAAGCGGCGCGAGGAGAGGCGCUGGCUGAGGGAGCGGAAGGAGCAGGGCAGGCCGUGGUCGCCCAAACACAGAGGGGCAGGAGGCUGGGGUGGGAGAAGGGGGGGAGGGCCGGAGAAAGGGAGCGAGGGGGACUCCCCCACCACCACUGAGGACUACACAAGCCAAGUGGUCCGUUGGUGAGGAUUUAGUCCCCAGAGAGAGAGAGAGAGAGAGUGGUAGACUUCACUUAGAACCUUUGACUCUCUCUCUCUCUCUCUCUCUCUCUCUCUCUCUCUCUCUCUCUAUCUCUCGCUCUCACAUCCGGUCUCUCUUUUUUUCGCUCACCAUUAAUCUGUCUCCUGCAUCUGUCCGUUUCUCAGCUUCAGUCUGAUCCGAGUGCUCUGCUGUUUCUUUGUGAAAACUGCCAAGUCUGUGAGUCUCACAGCAGCUCUGCCUUGGAGUGCCCUUUGGUGUCUUAAAUCUUUAAAUGCUGAUCAUACUUUUUCUUUUUUUUUUUGGACAUUUCACUUUGGCCUUUCGUUAAUAGACAGUGAACUGAGGUGGACGAAGAAGAAGAAGGAAAAAAACAAAUCAAAAGAAGCUGCCGCGGACUGCUGCGCUUUUAAUUCUGACACUCAAAGCAAAAGCGAUGAACGUUCUUUGAAGCCUUUGUUGCAACUGGUAGAAAACCCUCUGAGUGAUGUAAUUGUAGAGGAACGGGUGGUUGCAUGUCACACUUUAAGCCAAAGUUAACGAGACCAAUAUAAUUCAAUGACAAUGAAACCCUCGCUAGAGAGACCAUGCUGUUUGCAUGCAUGUUGUAAAUGAAAUCAUGGAAGAUGUUUGAUGCUUGUAUUUAGGUUACAGUCCAGUAUACGCCAUUUUCUGAAAUGCAGUGCUUUGCAGAUUUUAACCCGUCUCCCAAAAAGUACACACAGCGCUAAUGGCACAGACAUUUAGGUCUGAAAAAAAAGCAUAUUUUGUGAGUACUUCAUUUUUCGAAGCAGUGGGUUGCAGAGCCUAAAAGUUGCUAAUUAGCAUCGGUGAUGAAAUGUGUCCGUGGGGCCGGUGUACGUCCUGGCUGGGAAUGAGAUAAUUGGCAUUCAGCUCCCACGCCCCUGCCCGUCACACUGGCUGCUUUUACGUGUUUGUAGAGCUGACUGCGGCUGCACUGUUGGCAAUGGGAGCGCUGUAAUGCCGGCGCAGCACCAGCCAACAGACCGGUGCCUCAAAGCGGGUUUCAAAAGAAAAAAAAGCGUGCCUGUCGUUUCUUUUGCCCGAUAGUUUCCAGUCCUUCAAACCCAAUCAGUGUGGCAUUACGUGAAGAUGAAAGAGGGCUCGUUUUUAUCUGCUCAAAUGGGCCUCAGUGAUGCUUUUUAUUCCUCCCAUCUCCAGUUCACUCAGAAUCCCUGCUUAUCAAAUUAGAUGUUCACUAAUUGUCUGUGACUGCAGUUACAUACAUUAUAAAAUACCUCAGAGGGCACAGUUUUAUUUCGUCUUUAAGAAUCACCUGCGUGUGUCGUCUAGUUUGAAUGAUUCAUGUAGCUCGUGCAGUGAAUGUGUUGAAUGAAUUCAGGGUUAAGCUGCUCAGAGUUGUACUGGUGCAUGAGGAGGAUGUGGAUGGCUGGAUAAGAACAAAGACUGUAGGUGUAUAGCACAUUGAUAAAACCCCAAGUGUUUCAAAGGGAGAGAGAGCUUUGAACAUUGAAUCGUUUCAGAAUUCAUAAUUGAAUUAAUAAACGUUGUGUUGUAGUAAAUAGAUUAGUGAUAAAUCCUUUCAAAGGUAUCAGCUUGAAUAAUAUAGCCUCAUUUUUAUUUUUAUUGUGCUACUUGAUACAUUUUAAAGGCUUUUUAAAGCAAGGUUAGAUGCAGCUUUUGAUGCUUGUUAAAUUGCAAAUAAAUGAAUAAAUGUAUUUGGAUCAUUAAUAAUAGUCCAAUCAUAUAAAAUCUAAUUGAUAUAUUAUGCUUAAUGCUAAAUCAUGCUAUAUGACAUUAGAUAUGUAUGACUACAUAAAAACAAUCUGCGGUUUGUAGGAAAAUAUAUUUUGGGGGGUUAGAAUUUGGGUUUUGGUAUGAUGAGAUUUAUGUGGAAAUACCAAGACAUUAGUGUUAAAACACAACAUUUAAGCAAUUCAAAUCGUAUUAAGUCAAAUUAAUUCAUAAAAGUAGGUGUGACCCCGUUGCUUAUGCUAUUAAGAUUAUUAAAUAAAAUGUGUUUAAAGGACCUUUAAGUAAAAGUGAACGCAGGAUAAUUCGUUUUGUGUUUGUCAUUUUUAGUAAAGGCAUUUUGAGCUGUCAUGGCUGGUAAACACAUGAAUUCCAUACAGCUUCUUCAGUCUGCUGUGGAAAAAAAGACAACACAUAAAUGAUAUGGCAUUGUCACUUUAUUCGAUAUAGCUAUUUUACAGGGAAAAUUUCUUUUGAAAAUGGCUUGCCAAAUGGCCGUUUAUUUUGGAAAAGUCUUUUAAUAAACCAACACGCAGCACUGCGGCGUGACAAGCUGUAGGAAUGACAAUGUUCCCCUGUGACAGAUGGCAUGAGCACAGCAUGAGCAGUAGAGGUGCUGUAUAGCUAUUAAUGAAACACUUGUUGUAAAUGUGCUAUACACCCAGGUUACAUUAUAUAAACCCAACAUUUAUUCGCUGUCUUAACGCUUGAGACGCAGUGUCUACAGCGGCUCAACCGGGGAGGUAGAGCAGCGAAUGGGAAAGUUAAAAAUCUUAAAAUGAAAGUUCUGGGGCGUAAUAAUGCUACUGUGACACCACGGAGUUCAGACGAGAACUGUAAUUAGCACAUUUCUCCCAGCUGUGUGGUACCACCUGCAAUUAAUGGUUGCCAUGGUGAUGCUAACUGCGGAGCGAUGCUCGGGUCAGGCGGUUCUUUUAAUAGAGACAAAGCUCAGAGGCAUCACUCACAAGUCAAGGUUGUUAUUUUUACAUUUGACAGAGUGAGAGAGAAGGAGAGAGGACUCUGCUCCACGCACUGUUCAUAGUUGGGAGUGGGAUGUGAGUGGGGAGCAGAGCAAGCUAAGAAAAGUCCCUCGUUCUGUUUCCGCUGGUGAAACUGCUCGGUUGACGUUGCAGCCGACCAGGCCAGAUGGAGGGCACGCUCACGCUCUGAGGCUCACAGCGGAGGUCUGUUCGCUCCGAGAGUUACUUUGCUUCAAAGACCACACUCGGGUUUGAAAGGUAUGAAUGAUGCGAACCCCAAAAAUGUACGUGCGACGAUUUCCUCAAUGAGCUUACCAUGUGGAACGUUGAAAACAAAGUCCCUACAUUGAAUGUUGUUCAUGUGGUUAGAUGCCAAAAAAGAGGAAGACCAAUUAAAGGAAUUAAUUGUGCAUCCAUUGCUUUGCUUUUCUGUGACUUCUUAAUAAUUGUUUUCACUACAAGGUGUCCUAAAAGAAUUUCCAUCAAUUUUGAAAUUGUAAAAGUUAAAAUACGGUGUAAAUAAAGUGAUGAGGGGGGGACUUUGCUGACCUUCCCAGAAAAGAAUGAAAUGCCUCUUAGUUUGGAGCAUUUUAAUGAACUUGUACUGCCACUUCGUGUCUGAGAAUCAGAUCUAUCUGUAUUUAUUCUUAUUUCUUUAUAUAAUUUAAAUCAUUGCUGAAUAAUUGGCUUUGUCUGAUGGAAAAUACCAGUAUUACCAACACCUCAGUUUCAACGGAAGAGAGCUUUCUUAAUGUAAGAAUUUCUAUGUACAUGUUUAAAGUCUUGUGAUGAAAUUAACAGUCUAAAAUCCUUUUGGCGUGUAAUAUUUAAUCUGCCUUUUUUCAGACCUGAAAAAAAACAAGUGACUUCUGCUUAAGAUAUCUGAAAUAAACGCAUUGAAUGGCCAUGACAUCAUAA